AUGAGUGAAGCGAAUGAAUCGGGGCAGCCUACACCUCUGGCUCGCCACAACAGCAUUAUAGAAGUCCUAAGUGAUGAGGAACCAGAAAUGUCGACCUCAGAAACGCCUGUGAACCGGCGCCGUCGCCUCAGCGUUAUAGAAGUGCUCACAGAUGAAUCAGACGACGAUGUUCAGUUUGUUUCGGAGACUCCUGCUGGUUCCGACAGCAACGAAGUCGAAAUCACAGGACAAAACGACAUUAACCCCAUUCAGACAGAUCUUGAGUAUCCGGGAGCGCCACCUCGCCCUCGAGCACCGCUUCCGCCGCUUAGAAAUCGUCGCAGAGUGCGUCGACGUCAUAACCCUCCAGGACAUGGCAAUCAACUCUUUGUGGACUUCGAGGACCUGGGCGAGACGCCCAUCCCGUUUCUACUAGCAAAUGAGAGUAAUGAAUUUCUACGCCAGAGGCAACAUGCCAUUCUUCGUAUGAUCCAUAUGUAUGGCCAACAGGACGUGGUGUCCAAUACCAUCAUGGAGCGUUUAGCUAGAGACGACGAGGCUGCGCUUGACCGCAAAAUCGCAAACGAAAACAUCCACAACCGUCGUGUUCUACAACAGAAAGAGGGUGUUGCAGCUGGAGAGGCUGAAGGCUACACCAAUAACAUCUCAGCCAAUGAGAACCUCAUGUGCGAGCUCUGUGGAGUUGAACUAGGCGAAGGCAUCCCCUCCGACUUUAAGCCAGAUCCACGGUAUGACGAGAAUUUGUCGGAGUACGCUGGUCGCUUCCGUGUGAAUGCUCCAUGGUUCUGCAUUCGGCAAUGCUUUGAUGCUGACAUCGAGCUCUCCAAGCGAGUGUUCGCAGCCAAGUGUGGUCAUGUAUUCUGUGGACGAUGCAUUAAGAAUAUCGGUAACCGGCCGCCAGGAAGACAGUCCAAGAAGCAGAGCGAGGCGCUUUCCAUUAUUAAUCCACAAAUCAGUGCUCCUCGCAAAUGUCCUGCAAAAGAUUGUGGCAUAAUGUUCACCAAAGGCAAGAAGACGUUUUCAGAGCUUUUCAUCUAG